AUGACCAGCAGGUGCAUCCUCCAAACCGCUCUCCUGGUGUACUUCUCCACCACAGUUCUCGCCGUGAACUACGACUUGCUUCGAUUCCAACUAAGCAGCAGCAGUGUGGAGUGCCAGAACCUCCUUCUGCAGUUGAAUGGAACUACUAAAGAUUGCAUCAAGGACCGGAUGAACUUCAAGUUCCCUGAGGAGAUCGAGAAACCCCAGCAGGUCCAGAAGGAGGCCCUCCUAUUGGUCACCCUUGACAUAUUCCAGAAGACCUCCGAUAUUUUCAGGAAAAAUCUCUCGAGCACAGGGUGGAAUGAGAUCAUUGUCAACAACCUCCUUGAGAAAAUCCAUUGGCAGAUAGAACAUCUGGAGGAAAUCCUGGAGAAAAUCAAGGAGGAGGAAAACUUCACCUGGGACGACAGGACCCUUCUGCCCCUGAAGAGAUAUUAUCUAAGGAUUGUGCGGUACCUGAAGGCCAAGGUGUACAGCAUUUGUGCCUGGAAAAUAGUGCGAGCAGAAAUGCUCAGGAGCUUUUUCUUCCUUGAUAAAUUUACGAAUUAUCUCCCAAACUGA